AUGAGCUCGGACAUGUCGGAACACGAAAUGGAAAUGGACGAAGGCGACGACCUCUACGAACCAGAGGAGCCAAAAGUCGAGCAAGAAACCAACAAGAACCCCGUAUCCAAAACAGAAGAGCUCGAGGAGGGCGAAGAGGAGGACGAGAGUGGUGCAAUGGACGAGGACGAGGACGACUCGGACAUCGACAUUAUUACCGAGCGGAAAGACGGCACAACGGCCGCGCCUCCCACUCAGUCAAAGUAUAGUGACAUUCGAAAUAUUCCUCAGCGAUCGACGUCGGGCGAAUCACCCGCCAAACCCGCGGCAGCCAAGAGGGAGAGUGAGUCCAAGUCGUCCAACGGUGCCUUGAACGUGGCAGCCCCGAGCGCGGAUCAAGCUUCUGCAGCCGCGUCAAAGUCCACGAUUGACAUCAACGCGAAUCCGGUGUACCCAAGCGCCGGCAAACCUAUCACUCAAGUGAAUAUUGACGAAGAUCUUCCAGACAAUGAAAAGCCAUGGAGGAAGCCAGGAACCGACAUCAGCGACUACUUCAACUACGGCUUUGACGAGUUCACCUGGGCUUUGUAUGCCGCCAAGCAGGAGAGCAUCCGGGGAGAGUUUGGAGCAGACUCUUUUGCGUCUAACAACAAGAAGAUGAUGGAGGACUUUCACAACAUGAUGAUGAUGGGCGGCAUGGGCAUGCCUGGUGGCGGCAGCGGCGGGGGGGCUGCAAUGCCUGGUAUGGAGGGUAUACCCCCCGAGAUGCAGGCCAUGAUGCAGCAGAUGAUGGCGUCGGGCAUGGAUCCUUCCCAGAUUGAUCCCAGCCAAAUGAGCGCCAUGUUCUCGGGAAUGCAGGCCGGAGGUGCGGGCCCUGCAAGCCAAGGAAAUCAGGGACAAAAUUUCGGGGGCGGAUUCGGUGGCAACCAGGGAGGCUACGGGUAUGAUCAAGGCAUGAUUGCGGGUGGCGGUGGCCGCGGUGGCUUCGGCGGACGAGGACGCCGAGGACGCUGGUGA